AUGUCGUCUCACAUCACGGUUCUGCCCGCUUCGACUCAAGCAGGCAAGGAAACUAUUCGGUUCCUCCUACAAUCCGAACAGAAACCUUUUGUACGCGGGCUCUAUCGAAACAUCGACAAAGCACCCGCCGAGUUUACCAAUUUCUCCAACUUUCAGGCAGUUCAGGGAGACAUCGCCACCGGAAAAGGUCUCGACUUCACCGACUCAGAUGCUGUGCUUUACAUUCCGCCACCAACUUGGGAUGGAACAGACCAAGCAGAAUUCGCUCACAAGACGUCCACCUUUGUUGCAAACGCACUGAAGAGGUCCCCAAGUGUCAGGAGGCUGGUCAUCCAAUCGGCGUUAGGUGCCCAGCAUGAACCGGAGAAAAUUCUUAGCACCAAGGACAUUGGCCAAUAUUGCGCCGAGACACUCCUUGCCGACGCCAUCGACCCAAGCAAGCGAGACAUAAGACUUUUUGGACCCCAGCAUUACAGCCCACUCGAUGUAAAAGAAGCCCUCGAGGUCGUUACCGGAAGAAAAGGCGAAAUGAUUCUGGUCCCCGAGGCUGGACUCGCGGAGUACUGGGGUAAACAGAUUCCAGAGGUCUAUCUGCCGGAGUUUGUCAAGUUCAUCAAAGCACAGUUGCCUGGUGGAGUAAUGGCUCAAGACUAUGAAGCUGACAAGGACACGGUCAGAUGUCAUACCAGCUUGCAGGAAGAGUUGCGGGAGAUGCUUGCACAGCAUGAAUGA